GAAGAAGAAAGACGAAAGACGUGAAGCUGAAAUCUACUGACAAACAUUUGUGAGAUUGAAGACAUGAAUGAUCCAAAAACAUGCACAGUGAAAAAUGAAGACGAGGAACACAUAGACCUGGUGGAGGUGAAAGAGGAAAGUCAAGAACUGAAUGACGGGGAUCAGAAAUACCACCAGUAUCAUAAAUCUGAAAAUGUCAUAACUGGUGAAGAAUCUUUUAUUUGCUCACAGACUGAAAAUUAUUUCUCACGAAAAAGAACUCGUGGAACAACAGCCAAAAAAUAUUUUACAUGCCCUCAAUGUGGAAAGAGUUUUGCAAUAAAACAAGGUCUAAAGAAGCACCUGAGAAUUCACACUGGAGAGAAGCCUUUCACAUGCCCUCAGUGUGGAAAGUGUUUCACAGAGAAAGGAAAUCUUGAUUGUCACAUGAGAAUUCACACCGGAGAGAAGCCAUUCAAAUGCCUUCGGUGUGGAAAGAGUUUUGCACGAAAAGGAGUUCUUGAGAAGCACAUGAUAAUACACACUGGAGAGAAGCCUUUUACAUGCACACAGUGUGGAAAGAGUUUCUCAGCAGAAGGAAAUCUUAAGAGGCACCAAAGUGUUCACACUGGAGAGAAGCCUUUUACAUGCCCUCAAUGUGGAAAAAAUUUUGCAGAAAAAAGAAAUCUUCUUUAUCACAUAAGAAUUCACACUGGAGAGAAGCCUUUCACAUGCACCCAGUGUGGAAAGAAUUUCACACAACAAGAAAACCUUAAGAAGCACCUACGAAUUCACACUGGAGAGAAGCCUUUCAAAUGCCUUCAGUGUGGAAGGAGUUUUGCACUAAAAGCAGUUCUUGAGAGGCACCUGAGAAUACACACUAAAGAGAAGCCUUUCACAUGCACCCAGUGUGGAAAGAGUUUCACACAAGAAGGAAACCUUAAGAAACACCACAGAAUUCACACUGGAGAGAAGCCUUUCAAAUGCCUUCAAUGUGGAAAGAAUUUCACACAAAAAGGAAGCCUCAAACUUCACAUAAGAAUUCACACUGGAGAGAAGCCUUUUACCUGCCUUCAGUGUGGAAAGAGUUUUGCAAUAAAAAGAGUUCUUGAGAGGCACGCGAGAAUACACAAUAAAAAGAAGCCAUUCACAUGUCUUCAGUGUGGAAAGAGUUUUGCACUAAACAGAGUUCUUGAGCGGCACAUGAGAAUACACAAUAAAAAGACUUUUACAUGCACUCAGUGUGGAAAAAGUUUCACACACCAAGGAAACCUUAAGAAGCAUGAAAGAAUUCACACCGGAGAGAAGCCUUUUAAAUGCCUUCAGUGUGGAAAGAGUUUCACACAAAAAGGAAGCCUAAAAAAUCACAUAAGAAUUCACACUGGAGAGAAGCCAUUCAGAUGCACUCAAUGUGGAAAGAAUUUCACAGAGAAAGGACAUCUUCAGUGUCACAUAAGAAUUCACACUGGAGAGAAGCCAUUCACAUGCCCUCAGUGUGGCAAAAAUUUUGCAUUGGAAUCAUAUCUAAAGAUACACCUAAAUAUUCAUGCAAAUGUGAAGCCUUACCUGUGUUCUUUUUGUGGAAAGAGUUUUUCACAGCUAAAAUAUUUUAAAGAUCACAAAAUAACACAUACUGAUAUGAAAGCUCAGUAUGUUCAGUGUGGUAAAGCCUUUAGCAGAGCUCAUGAAUUGAAAAUGCACCAAAUAAUCCAUACUGGAGAAAAACCUUACGAGUGUUCACAUCAUGAAACGUUUCAAUGUCAGGACACCUGAAAACCCAUGAGAGAGUGCAUAAUGGAGAGAAGCCAUACCACUGCACUUCAUGUGGGAAGAGUUUCACCCAAUCAAGUAAUCUACAGACUCAUCUUAAGCUUUGUCCAAAGUUGUCAUUGUGAGCCAAAUUCAUUUUCAGGGUCAACACUUUCAAGGAAAUGUUGUGAAAUUCAGAUUAACAUAAAAAUGAAAUUUCAUGAUCAGAAACAAUGGGACUCAUUCAUUAACUGUGCAUCAGUUGGAAUGCUCCUGACAGCCCAGAAAAGGUGUGUCAGAAGGUUUUAGCAUGUCGUAUACUCGUUGCAGAGCAGCUCAUCCACUACGAUCAAUUGAAACUUAGCCCUCAAUCCAAUUUUUUCGACAGCAGAAGUGGCCAGCCGGGCAGUCAGUACCCCCCAGAGAACCGGGUUGUAGACCAGCAGGGUGGGCUGCCCCUCCACACUUAGUCCAGAGAUGCAUGCAUUUAUCAGACCCAAAACCCAUUGGUUCCCGCUUGACAGCUCUCUGACCGCUUGGGUGAAUCUAGAUAACCUUGGUGUGAUCACACGCUCUCUGAUGGCUACAACUAAUUUGAAUGCCCCAUAAACUUUCUAUGGUACUUUAGGCUCCUACCAUCACUGAUCGAUUCUGAAUAGAAUGACCUUAUGUGCAUUGUCUUUUGGAACUUGUGCACAGUCUUAACCUUUCUUAAUAGUGAUGGGGCACAGAUAAAUGCUCCAACACAAGCAGCGUUCCAAGCUCUGCCUCAGUCUUUCGAGUAUCUAUUAGUACAUUAUUACAAAAUCAUUCCAAUUAAUUUUUUUUUUAUUUUUUUGCUGUAUUGUACUAUGCUGUUUUGUGCGAUGGUGGCAUGGCAUCUUUCUCUACACAUUUGCAACUGUACAGGUGCAGUGGUGGUGAAAACGAAUUCAUGUGCACAUGCACCAGUUUUUCCUGUGCAUAUAAGUGUUAGGGAUGUGCAUGGUAAAAAAGUUUUUUGAUAUACAGUUGAAGACAAAAUUAUUAGCCCCAAUUAAAUAUUUAGUUAUUUUUCAAAUAAUUCGCAAGUGCUGUUUAAUGGAGCAAAGAUUUUUUUUCAACAUAGCGUUUCUAAACAUAAUAGUUUUAGGCAACGUAGUGUGUUUAUAAUGCAAAUAGAAACAAAAUUAUAACCAAGAAUAAAAAAAAUCUACAUGUCAAAAUUAUUAGCCCUCUGAUGUUAAUAGUCAAUAGUGUAUCCCUUUUGCUUGAUAACAGCCUUUAGUCAUUUGUUGUAGUUCUCAAGUUUUCAUCAUUUCUCCUGAGUUGCAGCUCAUUCCUUCUCAGCAAAUCUCUCAAGCUCCUCCAGAUUUGUUAGUCUCCUGGCAUGGACUCUAGUCUUCAGUGUGGCCCACAGAUUUUCUAUGGGAUUCAAGUCUGGGCUUUUUGCAGGCCAGUCAAGGACAUUCACUUUGCUCGUUUGGAGGUAGUUUCUUCACCAGAAGUGAGGUAUGCUUUGGUUUGUUAUCAUGCUGGAAGUCGAAAUGUUGACCCAAACCAAGUUUUGUUGCAGAUUGCCGGAGGUUAUCUUUCAAAAUCUUCUCGUAGUCUUCCUUUUUCAUGAUUCCUUCGACCUUGAUGAGAUUCCCAGUUCCAGACGCACUGAAACAUCCCCACAGUAUUAUACUCCCACCGCCAUGUUUCACUAUGGGAACGGUGUACUUUAGGUUGAGCGCAUCUCCAUUUUUUUCCAAACAUAGGCAACAUCUCUAUGGCCAAAGAGCUCCAGUUUUGUCUCAUCUGACCAAAGGGCACAUUUCCAGUAUGCAUAAUUUUGCUCUAGGUUGUCCUUGGCAAACUUCAGUCUAGCUUGGAGGUGUCUCUUCUUCAGAAGUGGAGUUUUUCUUGGUCUGCAACCUUGCAGUCCAUUCAUGUGUAGGGCUCUAGUGACUGUCGUCAUUGAUACAUCAAUCCCAGACUUGGCUAAAUCAUUCACUAGUGUCUUGGCAGUUGUUCUUGGGUCUUUAGAAACCUAUCUCACCAGUUUUCUUUCCAAGGUUUUAUAUUACUUCACUAGUUGUUUUGCAAGAUACUAAUCCUCAGUUUGAAGUGCAACUUAAAGGCUUGAGGGAUUAAUUAGGUUAAUUAAUCAAGUUAGGUUAAUUAGGCAAGUCAUUGGAUUAGUGGUUGGUUCCAUAGCCAAUCAAACCAAUCGAUCAUUUCUUAAGGGGGCUAAUAAUAUUGACCGUAGCAGUUUUUUAAUUUAUUUAAAUAAUUAUUUUUAUCCAGGCAAAUUGAAAUAAGACUUUCUCCAGAGGAAAAAUAUAAUAAGACCUACUGUGUUAAAAUCCCCUUGCUCUGUUAAACAUCACUUGGGAAAUAUUUGAAAAAGAAUUCAAAUUUCAUAGGGGGCUAAUCAUUUUGUCUUCAAUUGUAAGAAUAACUGUGAUGGUUCAUGAAUUUGUCAGGACUCCGGUAUAAAGAAUUUUUAUUGCAAUGGAUAUGCAUAAAACAUUACUCAAAAUAGCAGGGUAUAAGGUGCACUAUGAGUGAGCUAUGAGCCUAAAUGGCACAACACAUUGAUAUUCAAAUUAUAAAAUCACUCACAUUAAAGUCAAAUGAAAAUAAUCAAACUUUAACUGCCUGUAACAAUUAAGUGUCAAUCCUUGUUUUUCAUCUGUCCAGGCAAAUUCACAUUUUUGUGAGGCAGUGAAUGCUAUUGCUGUUAUGUGCAUGAAUUAACAUUGUUGCAGUUUAUUGGCCUCUUCUGGAUGCUUUGAUUUAAUAGAAAUCCAUCGCCUGUAUGCAUGUACUGAAUGGUGGCUCAUACCUGACACAACAGACGUUGUUAGCCCUACUGAAAACAACGCAUUUAAUUAACCGCAUUAACCUGUUUAAUAAUUGACCUGUGUUUAAUGAAAAUAGUGCUUCAAUUUAAACUCUGCUCAUAAGCAUAAUGAAAUGUAUAUAUGUUUAUUUUGUUGUUAUUACAUGAGAUAUACGUUAAAAGUUACAGAGGAUGGUGUGGAGAAGAGAAAAGCUCAUGUUCUUUGUAUAUGUACAUACAUAUGUGGAUUGAUAGUUUAGGGGCAGUGUGCUUUGCCCUCAUGCAACAGGUUGCAGGUUCAAAACUUGCUUUUCAUAUCUUAUUGUUUGUCUGUCUGUUUGGAUACAUGAUAGAAUAGUUGAUUUUUAAUGGUAAUGUUAAAUGGUCUGCACUUAUAUAGCGCCUUUUUAACCUAAACGGUUUUCAAACUGCUUUACACUGUGACUCAUUCACACACUCACACACCAAUGACAUGAGAGCUGCCAUGUACUGCCAGAACUUGGUGUGGAAGAGUGGUGGAACAUGACCGUCUGUGGGGUUGCCUGCUCUGUGAAAGGACAGGUCUCUGCAGAAAAGGACAAAUAAAAACCCUCCUGAAGUCUAGAUAAAAUUUUGCGGAAUGAGAGUGAGUAAAAAACACAUAUUGUCGUAUGUAUGUUGUAUGUUCAAUAACGUUACUUUUCAAGUAAUAAUUUUUUUUUUAUUUCAAUUUAUAUUUGAACACUGCGUCAUCAAACUUGGUAUUGUGGCUUUAUAUAUGGGCAGACACUUGCAUGUGUCAUUAUAUUAUUAAAUGUUUUCCCCAAAUCAAGCUCAAA